GAAGAGAUUUGUGUUUUUGAUCGUGGUAAAUUAUCAAAAUUAUGGCGGGUUCGCAGGAUAAGCUUGAUAAGAUGCAACUCCGGCAAAGUUACCGGAAUUUAUGGCACUCCGAUCUCAUGAGCACCGUCUCGGCGGAUACUCCUUAUUGUUUCUUCUCGUGUUUGUGUGGACCUUGCGUUUCAUACUUACUUCGGAAAAGAGCACUUUACAAUGACAUGUCAAGGUACACUUGUUGUGGUGGUUACAUGCCAUGUAGUGGUAAGUGUGGAGAAAGCAAGUGCCCUCAAUUUUGUCUUGCCACUGAGGUGUGUCUCUGUUUCGGGAACUCUGUGGCAUCUACUCGUUUUAUGCUGCAAGAUGAAUUCAACAUCCAUAUAACAAAAUGCGACAAUUGCAUAAUUGGAUUUAUGUUCUGCCUCAACCAAAUCGCUUGCAUUUUCUCUCUUGUCGCUUGCAUUGUAGGAAGUGAUGAACUCUCUGAAGCUUCUCAGCUUCUUUCUUGUUUGGCGGAUAUGGUCUAUUGCACGGUUUGUGCGUGUAUGCAGACACAACACAAGAUUGAGAUGGACAAAAGAGAUGGUUUGAUUAGUCCUCAACCAAUGUCAGUGCCACCGGCUCAGCAAAUGUCUCGCAUUGAUCAACCAGUCCCUCCAUAUGCCGGUUACCCUCCAGCUACUGGCUAUCCCCAGCAUUACUAUCCACAGCCUGGCCAUGGUUACCCUCCUGCUCCAGGCUAUCCACCUCCCGGUUACGGUUACCCUCCUGCACCGAGCUAUCCGCCAGCUCCGGGAUAUCCACCAGCACCUGGAUAUCCCUCAAAGUAAGAACGUUAACUGAUAUCUCAAUCUUCCAAUCAAAGUUUUAUUAUCAUACUUGGUAUGUUGUGAUUACUUUGCAAGUAUAUUGUCCGAUUUGUUGUCUCAUCCAUUUUUCUCUUAGAUCUAAUGAACCGUUAACUCUAGA